CCGUAAUGGCUGCCAGCAAAGUUGAAACGUAACUGUGUGCAUGUAAACUCAGUGAUAACCCGACCAUUAUGUGAUCACAUUCAGCAAUACGAUGUAUUUGUUUACUUGCUCAAUUGUAUACUUGUCUACUCGGCUUGUCUGAACCCUGAGUGUUGUCCAGAAUGGCCACUAGAGCACCACAGACCAGUGAGUUGAACUGGUAUGCGAGCAGUGUUAGUCGCCAAGAAUGUCAACAAUGGGUAAACCUGCCGGCCCCGUGUCAGAAAGAAUGAAAUUAAAAGGUAUGUGUGAGGAGGGUGAAGAUCAGACAUUGGUAGAGAUGCGGCAGACUCAAGAGGAGAACGACGGUAGUGUGACAACCAUUAAUUUAUUUGACACUUAUGAAGAUGUUGAUAAAUUGAAAUCACGAGUUCAGGGUAUACCAAACGAACGUUCGGAGGCCAGUGACACCAAGGAACAUGCAGAUGAUAUCGGCGCAUUAGAUUGUGAUCUUAAAGGAAAUGGUUCCAUAGACGUGCUCUAUAACACCUACGAUAAGGAGAGUGAUGCAAGUCAUUCAAUUUCAAGUUCAGACACCAUAUUGUGCAGUGAAAGUGUUGAUGGUCAAAACUGUAGCCAAGAGAGUAAUGCAACUGUGUUGAACGGCAACAGUGAGGACAAUUCCAGUACAACUGGGGAAUCAACUGAGACAUCUACAGCACAACCAAAGUCAGCUAUUGAUCAAAAUGGUCAUAUUCCUUGUCAAGAUCAAAACAAGAAAGCUCCGAAAGGGAUAAUGUCUGGCCUGGUGAUGUCUCCAGUAACGUUAACGCAAGACGUACCUGUGUCAGUUGGGAGCACAAGCAAUACAAACAGACUGUCUCGUGUGUUAGAAAGUAUGCCUUUACCAUUGUUGUACAUCCCUACAACAAAACAACUUGUAGCAGGACAGAAUUCUUCUGAUAGUAACAAAUUUGGUAAAAGUCACAUUAAUGAUGGGGAAACAGUUGUGGGAAAUGAAGAUUCAGUUUGCAAUGGAUCUCAAGAAGGGUCUGUCAAUGGAUCUGAUGUCAAAGAGGCAGGUACUCCAGAUGGAAGUGAUGGUAGUGCCAGUUAUUGUCCUGAUUCUUUGACAGUAAGAGAAGCAGAUCAGAUCACACUACACAGUGUUGAUUGUCUUUUACCUCAUGUAUCUAGUGGAGAUUCAGUUAUGAGAGGAUACACUGAUGUGUCCAGUUUGUCCAGUAUAAGCACUGGAACUGACUUCUCCAUAUCAGCAGCCUCUUUAGGAGAAGAAUAUGGGGAGUCAAAGAGUAUAUCUCUUGAUAUGGAAGAUGGUGGAUUCAUGGAUGUCAAUUUGCAUUCAAGAAACUCCUAUGAACGCUGCCGGAAUGUGUCACAGGACAGUGGUAUUGAAGACAAGGGUGGCAAGUCUAAGCGCAAAACAUUUUCAGGAUUUCUCUCAAGAAAUUUAUUUUCCCGGAAAGCCAAAGAAAAUGCGUCUUCAGAAAGUGCUCCAGGAUGGAAGCUGUUUGGUCGAAUACCUCCCAAAGCCGCCACAGAGAAGGACUCGGUUCAGAUCUCCACCGACUAUCAGGCCAAGCAGAGAGCCAGUGCCCAUUUCCCUGCCAGUCGAACAACCAAGAAACAAGAUAUUGAAGUUCUCUCCACCACAGCCCUUAUUCUGGAGAACAGACCCAUGAACCUCCCAUCCAAAAAUCCUGAAGAAGCAGAGAAACAUCGACAAGAGUAUGAAACAAUGGUGGAAGCAGCACGGAGAAAAGAACAAAAGGAGAUGAAGCAGAAGAAGAGGCAGUUACAGCAGCAGCUACGCCAGGAGGACCAGCUGGUGGCCGCAGCACGUAUCUGGAACAACGAAGUCCUGCCCAACUGGGACACACAGAAAGGCAGUAAGAAGGCACGUGACCUGUGGUGGAUCGGUCUGCCGCCCAACGUCCGGGGGAAGGUGUGGAGGUUGGCUCUCGGCAAUGACCUAAACAUCACUCAGGAAUUGUACGAGAUCUGUGUAAGCCGAGCAGAGGACCGGAUCAAACUGAUGCAAGAAUCAGCCAGUGAGUCGUCAGGAGCAACAGAAGUCUCAAAUGAACCUCCGUCCAACAAAGAAGACAGCGUCAAUGUCAUCAAACUUGACGUAUCCCGAACAUUCCCUCAACUCUGUAUAUUCCAGAAGGGCGGGCCAUAUCACGACCUCCUUCACAGCCUACUGGGAGCUUAUGCAUGCUACAGGCCUGAUGUGGGAUAUGUUCAGGGUAUGUCGUUCAUCGCUGCCAUCCUCCUCUUAAACAUGGAUGUGGCAGAUGCCUUUGUUUGUUUCGCCAACUUGCUCAACCGACCGUGUCAAGUCACCUUUUUCCGUAUGGAUGAGGCCAUGAUGAUGGCCUACUAUGACACAUUCACAGAAUUCUUCAGAGAAAACCUGCCCCAUCUACACGAUCAUUUUGUCGACCAGGCUCUCACACCUAACCUUUACCUUCUAGACUGGAUAUUUCUAAUCUAUGGCAAGUCUCUACCUCUGGAUGUAGCCUGUCGGGUCUGGGAUGUCUUCUGUCGUGAUGGCGAGGAGUUUCUAUUUCGCACAGCUUUAGGAAUAUUAAGGUUGUAUGAAGGAAUUCUCAUUAACAUGGACUUCAUCCAUCUUGCCCAGUUUCUCACAAAACUACCUGAGGACAUAUCUGCAGACAAUUUGUUCCGCAGUAUAGACACAAUACGUAUGAACAGUGAUAAAAAGAAAUUUGCUCAAGUGUUGUCGAUACACCGCGAGUCGAGAGAAGACUCGUCAUGAGAGUAACUGUGGAGGAGUGUCUUCAGCAAAUGUGAUAUUAACCGCUGGCAUUGCUGCCACCAUCAUCAUCCUCACUGAUGUCCGACCAGCAUCCGAGCAGUAUCAUCUGUACACACCUCCACUCAUGGGCGAAUGUCGGAACAAGCCUGGGCGUUCAUAGCACUACAGGAUUCGUAAGCUUAUGGUAAAUAAUAGAGUUACGACAGGUCGUAACUUUACGAACACUUUCCACAAAUGUUGGAACAAGCCUGGGUCCCAAUCCACAAAGCGUUCAUAGCGCUACAACAUCAGUAAGCUUAUGGUAAAUUAUAGAGUUAUGACAUGUCGUAACUUUAUGAAGACCUUGUGGAUCGGGACCCAGAUCAUCAGGGUGCGCUGGCAGAUACAGUUCAGCUUUUUUCUCUAGUCUUUAUAUGACAAGAUGUAAACAGAUACUUCUUCAAAAUAUUCAGAUGGUGAAGAGAAGCCAAAAGGAACAGACUUUCAAAUUAAAGUGCCAUUCAUUAACACCCAUCAUUUCUAGAUGUGCUGAAUUCUUUUUCAGGCAGAAAGGUUCUUUACAUGUGUGAUAUUGUCAGAUUGUGUUUUAUCAGUUUGAAACAAUGAAACAAUCAUGGUUUGGAGAUUUCUCAAGGGUUUGAUGUCAAUGGAGACUUGUAUAUUGAUGUCAGUAAAGUAUGGAAAUAAUUUAUUGUAUUUAAGUGUUUCACGGUUCCACUUGUAAAGUCUUGUUUACGUUGAUCGAUAACCUGACCAAUGAGAUUUUGUUACAGAUCUGUGUAUAUAAAAUAGCUAUUAAUGAAAUUGUAUACCCUGUAUUCUAAGUUGUCAGUGAAAUGUUAAAUUAUAAUGUUGACAGUUUGGGAAUUGGGAUUUGGUGAUCAUCACAGAGGUUCAUAGUAAACAGCGACUUUCAAUAAUUCAGCAUGUGGUUAGCCUAAUGAUAAGUGGAUUUGCUCAUUAAGUUAAUGUCUGGUUUUAUUGCCCCAUGGUAACAAGAAUUUAAAGAUCUCAGCUCAUUCAGCUGUUAACACUGGUGAUGUGGGGUAGGACUUUGUUCUAAUUUUGAAU